UUUAUAAAAAAUAAAAAAAUAAAAAAUAAAAAAGGAAAAAAAUAUUUUGCAAUGAGAAAAAGAGAGAGAGAAGAAGGGGAACAGAAACAGAGGGGAGAGGGAGAAAAGAGUUCUAAUCGCUAAGUUCCUCCUUAACCGUUAGUAAUGUCCCUAAACAACGCAUCUCACUCUCUAAAAGCUUUUGGAUGUUCUUAUAACCGUGGAAAAGCAGAGGAAGAGAUGAGUUCUCUGCGGAGAGAAAACUCACCUGAAGAUUGAGCUAACUGACAAUGGAGGAAGCGAAGGUGGUGGUGAAGCAUGUGUUGGUGGCUAACUUGAAAGAUGGAAUUCCACCAGAAGAAGUUGAGAAACUGAUUAAUGGAUAUGCAAAUCUUGUCAGUCUAAUAUAACGGUUAAGAAAAGCUUCCGGCUGAAAAUGAGUGGGAAGAAGACAGUAGGAAUUCCAGACGGGGUGGUGGAACUGAUGAAGGAGAUCCAGUCACAAAGGAAAAGUACUGACGAGGAAUCAUUCGUGGAGGCAGUUGAUAGAGAAAAACGUGACAGAGAUAAAAAGAGACAAGAUCAAUCUGGGUCUGAAACAGUUAACGAGUGCAAUGUCAAACCUCUUCUCAAUUUGGUGGAGGACAUCGUAAAUCGUGCCAUCCGAAAUGUUACUAGCACUGUCCUGGAUAUCCGAGCAUACAUGGAAGAUGACAGCCAUCAAGAAGAAGCCGUUUACUUGCGUGAGAAUUUCAAUUUUAUACUGGAUCAAAUUUCCUACAAGAUAGCAUACCACACUUCAAGCAAAGAACAUCCACACCGCACAGUGAAGUCAAUAUUAUUUAAGAUCCUAAAAGAUCAUUCAUGGGAGGAUAGAUUGAUAUUAACUCUAACAGCUUUCGCUUUGAAUUAUGGGGAAUGCUGGCACCUAGCUCUAAUAUAUUCAUCACGCCAACUUGCUGAAUCAUUGUCAAUCCUGAAACAAGUGGCCGAUAUCCACAAGCAACCCGAUCACUCUUCUCCUCCGUUGCAAGCAGUAAAUGAUCUUGUGAUGGCAAUCAUGGAUGUGACCAGGUGCAUCAUUGAUUUCCAGAGGGUGCAAUACCAACUUGGCCGACUCAAUAAAUCAAAAUUAGAACCUUUAGAAGCUAUGGAGAGAGUAAACUAUAUCCCAAUCGCCAUCUAUUGGACUAUCAGAAGUGUCUUGGUUGCUGCAUCAAAGAUUACUCGUUUCAUCAGCAUGGGUCUUAACUAUGUGAUAUCAGGCAUAGAGAAGGCCGAACUAAUAGACUUGACAGAGGUACUCACCGAGAAGAGACAACGCCUUCAAAAGUUGAAAGAGGAUUUCAACUCCUGCUUAGAGGAAGCGACUAUCCUUAAACGUCAGGAAAUAAUCAAGAGCCUAAUGGAAGUUCCACAAGUUGAUAACAUGAAUAUUCUAAGAGCACUCUUUUAUUACAAAAAUGAUCCACAACAACUAAUUCAGAAACAGGAAAAGUUUGAGCUGGAAGUGCUGAGGAAAAAACUAGUGUUAUUGCUAAUAUCAGACCUAGACAUCUCUGAAGAAGAUAUUAGAAUUGUGGAAGACAUAUAUUCCAAGUCCACGACCAAAACAGGACACCAAGCAAAUCGACUGGAGAUUGUGUGGCUCCCAAUCAUUGAUCAACCAAAGGAUUGGGAGAGGGAGGACACUAAAGUCAAGUUCGAGAAGAAGCAAUCGGCUAUGAAAUGGUACACAGUGCACCAACCUUCAUUGAUUGCUAAAGAAGUUAUCAAGUUAGCAAAAGAAGAGUGGCAUUUUGGGAAGCAACCUAUCAUCGUGGUGAUAGAUGCACAAGGACAAGUUGCCUGCCCAGAUGCAUUCCCCAUGAUAUAUGUUUGGGGAUAUGAGGCUGACCCUUUCACCAUAUCAGCAGCGGAAGCUCUAUGGAAAGAAAAAUCUUGGAAUCUUGAGUUGCUACUAGGUGGCAUCGAUCAACCAAUUCUGGAUUUGAUUAAUAAAUCAAAAAAUGAUUGCAUAUGCCUUUAUGGAGGAGAGGACAUGGAGUGGAUUAACAUGUUCGAAAUCAGAGCGCCUUCCGUUGUACAAGCAGCAAAAGAUGUCCUGAAAAUGGUUUAUGUGGGAAAGUGGAAAUCAAAUGAGCAACUACAGAUAUACGAUACUAAAUCAAACGGCCAAAACCUAAAACUUAGUAAAGAAAAAAACCUAAAACUUAGUAAAGAAAAUCAAAUGAAGUUUUGGAAAAGAUUGGUAAACAUGGGACAUUCAAGGAUGCAGUUAGGCAAAACAAUCUACGAGGAUACCAUAAUGCAAGAUAUCAUUUCAUUGCUUAACUUGGGUGCCAGUUCAGGCGGUUGGGCUGUUAUCUGUCGUGGGUCAGAUUUCAGGAUCAAGGCAAAAGGGAAACAAAUUUUGUAUAGCUUGCUUAAUUUUUGUGAGUGGAAAGACAACAUAAGACGUCCAGAUUUCCUUGGUGCGCUUGAGCAUUAUCUUAAAAUGAACCCAGGGCACGUUGAUGUCUAUAAGCAUAUCAAAUCUCAUGAGGAGAUUAUGGAUAUCUUUGAGAGGACCCCUAAGGUAGGCUGCAUGGAGAUUCUCAAGGCUUUGGUAUCAGCUACAGAUGAUUGGCAACCGCUUGUUUGUGGAACAACGAAGCAGAGGGUUAGUGUAGAUCUUCUGAAAAGAAAAAAGUCCCUAUUAUUGCUGUUAUCAGGCUGCAACAUCUCAGAAGAAGAGCUAGCUGUGCUUAUGCAGAUUUACCAAGAAAGUCACGGUACUGCAACAAGCAAUGAAGAAAGUGAUUAUGAGAUCGUAUGGCUCCCAAUUGUGGAUGCAUCGGAAAUGACAACAGAGAUUGCACAAGAAUUUACGAGUAAACAGGAGAAAAUUCCUUGGUACACCGUGUACAACCUUUCAAUGAUUAGUGAAGCAGCAACUAAAUUCAUCAAACAAGUUUGGCAUUAUGAGGGAAAGACUAUUCUUGUAGUGCUUGAUCAGCAAGGAAGGGUUGUAUGUCCUAAUGCAUUGAAUAUGAUAUCUAUUUGGCGAAAAGAUGCAUUCCCUUGUACAAUUUCAAGAGAAGAAGCCAAGUGGAAGGAUAAGGAUAUGGUCUGGAGUCUUGAUUUGAUUGUAGAUGAACUGAAUCCAAGAAUUCGAAAAUGGGUAGAAAAUGAUUAUAUAGUAUGCCUCUAUGGAGGAGGGGACAUAAAUUGGAUUAAAAACUUUACUCGCACUGCAAAGGAAGUUUCAAAAUCUGCAACUAUCCACCUGGAGAUGUUGUAUGUGGGAAAGAGCAAUCUAAACCAUCGUGGCUGGAGAAACAUUGAAAGCUUUGAAGAAGAAGAACUUAGCCAUGUCUGGAGAGACAGAUUGGGUUUAAUUUGGUUCUGGUAUAGAAUAAAAAGUAUGUGGCUCUCUAGAUAUCAAAUAGUGAAAACAAUCGAGGGUGAUGAAAUAAUGCAGGAGCUCACUACACUUCUUAGCUUUGAUAGCAGUGAAUGUGGAUGGGCUAUAAUGAAUAAAGGAUCAAAACCAGGUGUUAUUGCCAAAGCCAAGGGAAGUGACUUUUUGGAUUGCUUGUCAAAUUUUGAAAAUUGGAAAGAGGAAGCAUCCCAGAAGGGCUUUGUGCCAACACUUAAAGAAAAGCUUACGCAUCUUCAUAAGCCAGAGGACUGCUUCCAACUCGUGCUUCCUGAAUUGGCUGAAACCAAACUAGAAACUGGAGAAUGCUGCCAUUGUCACCGAAGCAUGCAGAGGUUCAUUACUUUUAAAUGUUGUGGUAAAUAAAUUAAAACUUGGUAAGGGGCGCUUUACCCUUUUAUGAGCUAUGAGCCUACCCGGUGUGAAUCCAAUUUAGUCACGCCAGUGAGCUUCUGAUACUGAGGAUUUCCACACGCGCCCGCACGAAAAAAAAAUAAAAAAUAAAAAUCCAAUGACUACUCGAUGCAACCAUUUCUGCAGGAUCAAUUAUAUAUUUAUUUGGUAUUGUGCUUUAUGAGUUAGUUUUCAUACAUUGUACUAAAUAUUCAUAAUUAUAAGUUAAUGAUUAGAAUAUAACUAUAAGUUAAUGAAAUGAA